AUGGCCACUGCUGUUCUACCAAAUGAUGAUUUUUACACAAACACCAAUGAUAAGUCUCUAGAAAUAUUCUCUCUUAUUUGGCUCGAUGCAAUUGUAAACGUUAAAGACACUCGAGACACAGAAGUGAAAUUACGUUCGAUUAUUAAUCAUAUCAAGAAAUUUCAAGAUAUAAAACAAUGUCAACGAUAUAUUGAACAAACAUCACAAAAAGAUCGAUUAGUAAUUAUUGUUAGUGGUCAAUUAGGACAAGAAAUAGUACCCCACAUUCAUCAACUUCGACAAGUUAUAUCAAUUUAUGUUUAUUGUAUGGAUAAGAAGAGUAAUGAACAAUGGGCUUACAAAUUUGCAAAAAUAAAAUCUGUUGUUGUUGAUCUUAAUGAACUUGUUUCUCAAAUUACAACAGAUCAUAAAAUUCAGAAAAAGGUAGAAGAACCAUUAUCAAUCAAUAUUUUCACAACAAAUGUUGGUACAGGUAAAUCAACAACAGGAGUUAAUGGACAAUUUGUUUUUUCCCAAGUCCUCGUUGACUGUCUGCUACGACUAAAAUCAACUGACAUAGACAAUAAUGAACUUAUUAGUCUUUGUAAGAAUGAAUACGAAGGAAAUUAUACUGAACAAAACAAUCUUCGUGAAUUUCAACAAGAUUAUUCACCCAAUAAAGUUUUAUGGUGGUACACAAGAGAAACAUUCUUUUAUAAAACUCUUAAUGCAGCUUUACGUACACAAAAUAUUCAUAUGAUUUUUUUAUUUCGAUCAUUUAUUCGUGAUAUUCAUCAACAAUUGCAAAAAUCUCAAUCUAAGCGUCCUUUGCAAGUGUAUCGAAGUCAACUAAUGUCAAUCGAUGAUAAACAACGUACAACAGCUCUCUUCCUCCUAGGUGACAUAAAAAUACAGAUUGAUUCAGAACGAGUAUUAUUUGAAAUAAAUGCUGAUCCUACGAUAGUCACUACAAAACCAUUUGCUAAUAUUAGUAAACAUAGUUAUUUUCCAGAUGAAUCAGAAGUUCUCUUUAUGAUUGGUUCUAUUUUUCGUCUUAAUUACAUUAAUCGUAAUGAUGAUCAAAUAUGGAUCAUUAAAAUGACUUUAUGUAAUGAUGAUGAACAUGAUUUAAAACAAGUUCUCAUGUAUAUGAAACAACAAAUCGAAAGUAGUGAAAUGAAUCUUCGAAUAUUAGGAAAUGUAUUAUGGGAAAUGGGAAAAUUUGAUUUAGCUGAGGAAUAUUUUAUUCGUUCGUUGAAACAACUUCCACAGAAUGAUCCAUUAUAUAUCAGUUUAUAUGAGGACCUUGGUAAACUCGCAUCACAGAGAGGUGACUAUGAUAUGAGUGUGAAAUGGCGUCAAAAAUUACUUGCAUUCAAAGAGGAAAACUCAUUAACUAUCAAUGUUAGUACUAAUAAAACAAACAAUUCGAUCGAACAACCAGUUCUUGUCAAUCAUAUUAAUAUCGACAGAAAAUGGAAACAACAUGGAAUUACUAUUGCUGGAGGAAAUCGAUAUGGCAAUCAAUUAAAUCAACUCGCUCGUCCUCGUGGUAUCUAUAUUGAUGAUGAUCAUCAAACUAUUUAUAUUGCUGAUUGUUGGAAUCAUCGUAUUGUUGAAUGGAAAAAUGGAGCAAAUACUGGUCAAGUUGUUGCAGGCGGAAAUGGACAAGGAAAUCGAAGUGAUCAAUUGAAUCGUCCGAGAGAUAUGAUUGUUGAUAAAAAGAAUGAUUCUAUUAUCAUUUGUGAUGAUGGAAACAGACGAGUGGUAAAAUGGUCUCGUCAAAAUGGUAAAACUGGAGAAACAAUCAUUUCUGAUAUUGAUUGCUGUCGUCUGACAAUGGAUAACAAUCGAAAUCUUUAUGUCUCUGAUUGGAAGAAGAAUGAAGUGAGACGAUGGAAACAAGGAGAGAGAGAAGGAACAAUAGUAGCAGGUGGAAAUGGUGAAGGAAAUUAUCUCAAUCAACUCGAUUGUCCUAGUUAUAUCUUCGUUGACAAAGAUCAUUCAGUUUAUGUAUCGGAUCGUCACAAUAAGCGCGUCAUGAAAUGGAUGAAAGGUGCCAAAGAAGGUAUUGUUGUUGCUGGUGGAAAAGGUCAAGAGAAUAGUUUGACACAAUUGUCUAAUCCUCAAGGAGUGAUUGUCGAUCAUUCGGGUAACGUUUAUGUGGCUGACUAUUUCAGUCAUCGAAUAAUGCGUUGGCGUGAAGGAUCAUGCGAAGGUAGUAUUGUGGUUGGCGGAAAUGGAAAAGGAGAACAACAAAAUCAGUUCAAUUAUCCCAGAGGUUUAUCAUUCGAUGUUCAAGGUAAUCUCUAUGUUGUCGAUUAUGGGAAUCAUCGAAUACAAAAAUUUGGUAUUGAUUUGAAUUAA